GUGUGGACCCAACUCCUUGCUCCCUGCUGCCAUACCCACUAGGGCGGCAGCGAGCUCCAGGGCGGUCACCAGAAGUGUCCCCCUCAAGGACUCAGAGCUCCGCCUUCUUUCAGGGACCCGGAGAGAGCCGAGCGCCCGGCCUGAGCAGUGUCCCCCGGAGCGCGAGGGCGCGCCCCAGGAGGCAGCGUCUCCCUCAGGGACCCCCGAACGUAGCUGGCGCGGGCACCGAGCGCUUUCCCCCGGCCCGAACCCGGCGGGUGGUGUGGCUGCACUUGAACCAAACGGCCUCCGCGGGCCGCGGCCUCCCGGGGCUCCCGAGGGCUGGUACCGCCUCCAUCGCCCCAAGAGCAGAGGCUGCCGCGUCUUCAGCCCCAGAGCCCCGGGAAACAUCCAAACUCCAGAGAAGGGCGGAUUCAUGGAGAAGAGACAAUGCUUAAGACUACAAGGAUAGCAAUCUCCCUGGACCACCUGAAUUGAACCUGAAGCUUGAGUUAUUGACAUCAGGGGGAAACAUGCAGGACCCAAAGAGUGACAUGGAUUUUUUUGACAAAGAAAACAUGGAGGAGAUCUCCCAACUCGCUUCCUUGGAGAUGUCAGGGGGUGUAGUCGACAAGAGAAAAUCUUCAAUUGUCGUCUUAGAAAAACCUAGCUAUCCAGACUCCGUGUACGUUAUGGCAGCAAACAUUUUUCAGGGUAUUCGAAUCCAAAGGUCGCCAGACAAAGUCAUAAUAAAUUACGGAAAUGAACCCCUGCGGACCUCCUCGACCCACGCCGAGGAUGAAUCUUUUCAGCGUUUAUCCUAUGAGUUGGCUUUCAGUACCUUGAAGUAUCAAGAUAUUUUGGAAACUAUACUAAUAGAUAGCUAUAUCUUCUCAAGUACUACAAUCGCAGAUCAGUUGAACAGCCUUAUUAUUGUGAUGCUGUAUGAUUUCCAAGAUAGAAAAUUUCAGCCCCGUGUCCUUCCUGAUGAUGAAGAGACCAUCGCAGAAGUUCAAGAAGUAGAGACCCUUCUAAACAGCUUUAAGACAAAAUUGGCUGCCGCAUUGGCGAGAUGUCGAAUCAAGCACGAUGCCCUCUCGAUUUACCACAUUCUGCCAGAGACGGUUAGGAAACAGGAGCAAAGGGCCUCGAUCUUGCCUCUUUACGCUUGGAUAAAUACUAGUAAAAUAAGCCUUGAAGAAGUCUACGGUAAUUUGAGGAGAAAAGGUUAUGCUAAAGUCAAGUCUGUAAUGAAUCUCAGUGAUAAAGCCUUUGCUGUAGACCAGCAUUGCUACAAUGUCUUAAUUUUUCCAGCUCAUCUCAAAACAGACCUUUUAAACAUAGAUCUUAUAAAAGACUAUAGACUUGUUUUCCAGGACAAAUCACGAAGUCUUGCUGUCCACUCUGUGAAAGCUUUAAUAAAUAUGGAUGAUGAUAUCCUGAUGGUCAACACGGGCUCGUGGUACACUGUUGCUCAUAUGUCCGUCUUAACAAGUGGCAACACCUCAAAAAUAUUUGUAUGUGGAAUACAAUCAGAGGAGAAGGAUUCUGACGCGAAGAAACUUUUUACAAAAAUGGGAUGUGAAAAUAUUGAAAUACUUCAUGAAACAUUUCUUAGCAUUGAAUCAAAAGAUCACCGGUUACAGAAUGUUAAGGUCAUUUUGUUGCUACCUCACUGCUCAAGCCUAGGUAUUAGUAACCCAGUGGAAUUUAUUUUAAAUGAACAUCAAGUUACUAAAGUUCAAGCAAUUGUUUAUUGCACGUGCUCUGUUUCUGAAGAGGAAAAUGAAGACGUUAUUAAGAAAGCACUGGAAUGUCAAAGCCCAGGGCCUAAAAUACAACCUUACAGGCUCAGCCCCCCUGUUCUCCCGCUGUGCUCCUUAAAAGAGAUAGAACUGUCUAUGGACAGGUUUUUCAGAUUGGAACCAUCUGAUUUGACCAAUGGCUGUUUUCUUUCUAUCUUAACAAGAGAGCGGGACCCAUCCGAGACAGUGUCAGUGAAAGAUGUUCUGGCCCGGGCUGCAGCCAAAGGCCUACUGGAUGGGGUUGAGGUUGGGAAGGCAAUUAAACGGGACAAGAGGAGGAAAAAAACAAAAGCGCUACCGCCCAGAGCUCCUCACAAUGGGGACCCACUCCGUGACCAUUUGGUGGUGACUGGGAACGAUACCACCAGCAACAUCCAAAUGAAAAUCUCCGAGUUCCUGCAUCGAGAAAGUAAAACAAGUUCUGUAGCCAAAACACCCGUCCCAGCAAAAUCUGUGCCUCAAGCCAGCACCUCCUCGCAGAUCAGAAAGCCCAGCAAGCCUUUAUCCACCCCACUGGUGAGGAACGCUUCCAGACCGGUAGAAAAGCCGGCAAACUUAGGGAGACUUCGGCCAGAAGGCAAAGUGAUUCCUCUGAAACCGGUUGAAAUCGUUCUGCCUCCAGUGAUGUUCCCACUGAGUCCCCAGGGGCCCAGGUUUCAGAUGCCAGCCACCCAUUAUUACUACCGCUUCAUCGGAUCAAAGGUUGGUGGUGUACCCAGCCAUUUUCCGUCAUCAGUACCCAGAAGAAAGGAGAAGGCUAAAGAGAGCAUGCCUUCUUCCUCCCUCGUCAGGCACCCUAGGCCAUGGCUCUGACUGUGUGGCCCUCGUGACAGGGUGGCUGGGCUUUGUCCACGUUUAGACACUGUUACCCAGGAUACUGGUGCUUUCGGUCACUUAGUAUCCUCUAAUGCCAUAUAACCUCCAGAGAGAGCGGGAGGACAGAUGAGGAGUAACACUGGAGGGGGCUGAGCUAAGUUAAGGUUUCAUCAGCUCAGUGCACAUAACCUGUUUUAGGAAGUCCAGUUACAGACUGGAUCAGUGGUUAGGCCUUGUCUCACUCUUGGGUGGUUUGAAGUAUGGGCGGAGCAUGGUUGUCUUACCUGAAGGGAACCCAGGAUCCCUCCCAGUAGGCUGACUUGCAGACUUCGCUGAGGGGCUUGGUAGAAAGUCCUGAGAUACAAAGGACGCUGUUCUUUCCUGCCUGCUCCAGUUCCAGCCAGGAACCUGAGAACACUCCUUAGCUAGGCAGUUACUGUGGCUGGAACCUCUUGAAUGCCAAUCGAGGCCAAUUUUUUCCUUAAGCGUCCCACCAUUCCUGAGAUAGGACAUGGCGGGAGGUUCUCUAGUAGGCUGAACUUUGAGAUAGAGUAGGAAGCACAGGAAAUCCCAAGUGCCAGAUGUGCACAGUCCAGAUGUUCAUUCAGAAAAAAAAAAAAAGAAAAAGAAAAGAAAUGUUUCUGGAUAAUCUCCAGAAUCCCGAGUAGACUAAGCACGAUAAUCCCUCCCUUCUGUUUAUGCCAAACUUUGUUGGAAAAAGGACAGUGAGCAAGUUUCCACCUAAGGAUUCUUCUGAGAAAAAGGCCUGACGAACAGAAGGGACAUAUCAUUGAAGAAACUCAGAGGUUUCUGAUUCUAUACAAAGAUCAGGUGGCACAGCCAAAUGUACAAGCCAUUUCAAUGGCACACGGGGAUCAAACCUUGGUAACUCACUCUGAUGCACAGUUAGAAUAUAUUGUAGCACUAAGUUAAUUACAUUAAAUGUCAACUACUCUUAGCUGUAUUAACCAUUGCCUGGCAAUAUUGACAUGACUAUCAUUUCUGGGUCUGAUUUUUUUUCAUCAUGGCAACAGAAAUUGUUUGACAUUAAAUAAAGUUAUGAUUACAA